CCCCUAAGUAAAAAAAAACAUAUUUGACGAUGAUCUCGGGGGUUUCCGUUCGCAUUUCCUGUAGCCCCACUGCUUGACAUGAUCGUUCACAAGAUCAUGGCCAGACAGCAGCCUGACCCUCCUCUUCAAAACUAAAACAAAAUCCACACCAUGUUCAGCUGAGUGUUAAUCAUUGUCAGUCGGUUUCUCGGUUUCCCGAGCCGGCUGUGGUUUGAUCAGAUUGGCGGCAGAGCAGACACACACGGGACAGGAACCCUCAGCGUUGCUGGCACGGGUUUCCUCUUCAGCUGGUCGGCCCUUCUAUAACGGGGAGAAAUCUGUGUAACGGUGGAGUGAAAUCUGAUGUCUAAUCUAUCGAAGGGUGGUUUGACUGAACGGGGCACGAGUGUGGGCAUAAUUUAGCCACAGGACAAAUAAACAGCUGUUGUAAUAAGAAAACUGCCCACGAUCAUGUUUGUACACGAACUAUAUCUAUACAAGUGUGGACUGUUAAAUGCGGUUAAAUUUGCACCAUUUCCUUUUUAUGCACUGAUGUUAUCCAUCACCAGGACAAGCAAGCACUUUCACUCCAUCCAAUUGUAUCCAUGCCGCUGCCUGAAUGUGCUAUAUACAUACUUUGUGUUUCCUAGACUCCUCACAUUAUUGGAUUGCUAUUUUUAGAAAGCUCAAACCGUGUGUUGCCACUAGUGCGGGCUCUGAUCACAUCUCGGUGGCAGGCUGGAUUUUCAAAACAUUCACUGUCUCUUCUUCCUCAUCCUGCUUCCGAGGAACAUGGCGGGUUCGACCUGACCGCGGCUUCCCGCCCAACUCCGCAAUCCUUGCCAGGCACCUCCUCAUCUCAGCCGAAAGGUCCCUCGCCGCUCCUGAUGUCCACCUAACCCUGUCAUGAGAGCGGGAUCCGCACGCUGGGAGGUCGCCUUCGAUCGCAAGGUGGGAGUGGUGAAAGGCAAAAUAAUCCAAACACGAUUACAAAGUGAGAAUAUAAAUUGUGACACUUGCCAGCAAGGAGCUUGACGAAGCUGGCGAGAAGCGUUCACUGACAGAAAGCGUGCCCACAGGUACCUUUUUGCUUACAUGACAUAGUGCUCAAUGCAGCCGUUAAUAAAAGGGUGAGGCUCUAAGCUUCUGUUUGUGUGGACACUACCACGUGUACGCUAUUCUAUGUUCCAUUGCACGAGACGUAACUAAUGAAUCAUGAGUUCUCCAAUACGCCCAGUUAUUCUAGAAAGAAAAAGAAUGGACUACAAUGCAGAAGUACAUAUGAAGAAGCAACUUGCAGAUGCAGCAAGAUUCACCGGCUUAAGCAGAGGCUUUGAUCCAUUAGCAAUUCCCCUGUCUUGGCAUCAACGCCAGGGACAUGAUGGGGUUUCUGACCGAGAGCAACCGAUCCAGCUGUUGGCUCAAGACCGAAUGCAUAGCAUGCUCACCUCAGUUGAAGUCAGCUCGGCACUCCCUGUGGCACUCCAACCAACUGCCCCGAUAGACUUACGAACAGACCUGCGGAUCACCAUGCCAGCUGUGGACCCUGUCACAAGAGAACGGCAGUUACAGCAAGAGCUCCUCCUGCUGCAGCAGCAACAACAAAUUCAGAAGCAGCUUCUCUUUGCUGAGUUCCAGAAACAACAUGAAACCCUCGUGAGACAGCACCAAGUCCAGCUUCAGGAGCAUCUCAAGCAACAACAGGAAUUGCUAGCUGUGCAACACCAGCAAGAGCUUCUGGAACAGGAACGCAAACUGGAGAAACAGCGGCAGGAACAAGAGUUUGGGCGACAACUACAGGAACAACAUCUUCUGUUUCUUCGAAAUAAAGAAAGAAGCAGAGAAAGUGCUGUGGCUAGUACUGAGGUCAAGCAGAAACUCCAGGAAUUCCUGUUGAGCAAAUCAGCAAAAGAAUCUCCAUCAACUGGACAGAACCAUUCCUUCCCUCCAAAUCCCAAACACUGGUAUAAGGGGGCCCACCGUGCUUCAUUGGACCAGAGUUCACCACCACAGAGUGGAAAUUCUCCAUCAUAUAAGCAACCAUCACUGGCAGUUAAUGACAAACAGGAUGAUUUUCCCCUGCGAAAAACUGCCUCAGAACCAAAUUUGAAGGUGCGUUCCAAGUUAAAACAGAAAGUGGCAGAGAGGAGGAGUAGUCCAUUAUUGCGCAGAAAAGAUGGCACCAUUAUCAGCACCUUCAAGAAGAGAACACUUGAGAGAACAGGUUCCUCAAUUUGUAACAGUGCUCCAGGAUCUGGCCCCAGCUCUCCCAACAAUAAUUGCAUUGGAUGCUCAAUGGAGAAUGGAUUCUCACGUUCACAAACUGAGCAGUUGCUGCCACAUCGCAGGAUUCUGACUUGGGAUGGAUCAGUGAACGCUCUAAAUCUCUACACAUCACCAUCGUUACCCAACAUUACUCUGGGUCUCCCAGCUCCAACUGCCUCAUCUGCCUCCUCCCACAUCAACGCCUCAACAACAAAUCAAAAUACUGACAGACACGCCAUCCAGGGAAUGACAGCCCUUACUGGACAGUUCAGAGGAGGAACUCCCUUAUCUGCUUAUUUACCAACUGCUCCUUUUGAUGGGAAGGUUAACAGCACCCAUCAUGCCCUGCUACAACAUGUGCUUCUGAUGGAACAGGUUCGAAAGCAGAGUCCUCUCACAACGGGUGUGGCUCCUCUUCAUGCUCAUUCUCCACUGGCAAUAGUGGGGGAGACGUUAUCCCCAACUCCCAGGACCUCAAACAAGUUGCCACGCCACAGACCACUUAAUCGGACACAUUCUGCACCACUCCCACAAAACACACAGGCUCUGGCACAGUUGCUAGUUCAGCAGCAACACCAACAGUUCCUGGAAAAGCAGAAGCAAUACCAGCAGCAGGUACAAUUGACCAAGACACUUUGCAAACCACAUGAGCAGCUUCAGCAGCCUGAAAGCCACCCUGAGGAGACAGAACAAGAACUCUGUGAGCAGCAGGCGAUACAGGAGGUUGAGGGGCCUCCCUGUGGUAGCUACAAGAGCAACAGCAAUGGUACCUAUGUAAGGUCAAUAACAGAACAUCAGCCAGACAUUGCGCAGGUGAAACAGGAACCUCCAGACAGUGAUGAUGAAAUCCAGUUCAAACAGGUUGAUCCUGAGAAAAAGACAGCUAUUUUCCACCAGCAGCUUCUGGAUCAUCAGCGUAUCCACCAACUUCGACUGUACCAAGCUCAGAUGGCUGUGGUUGGCAUGACAGGAUUAGAUAAGCACAGGCCUGUUUCCAGGACACAAUCAUCCCCUGCUGCUUCCACAUUGCCGCACUCUUCUAUGGACCAUCCCAUCAGACACGUCUAUACCACUGGAGUUGUCUAUGACACCGUCAUGCUUAAACACCAGUGCAUUUGCGGUAACCACAAUAUUCAUCCUGAGCAUCCUGGAAGGAUACAAAGCAUCUGGUCAAGGUUGCAGGAAGCAGGAUUGCUCAGCAUUUGUGAGCAAAUCCGAGGUCGAAAAGCCACUUUGGAGGAAAUACAGAUGGUUCACUCUGAAUAUCAUUCACUGCUCUUCGGUGCUAACCUCCUCAACAGACAAAAGCUGGACACAAGGAAGCUGCUAGGUUCUGUCACGCAAAAUUUCUUCUCUGCUCUCCCUUGUGGGGGUCUUGGAGUGGACAGUGACACCAUUUGGAAUGAGAUGCACUCGUCCAGUGCUGCACGCAUGGCCGUUGGCUGUGUCAUUGAGAUGGCUUCCAAAGUGGCCUCUGGAGAGCUAAAGAAUGGAUUUGCUGUUGUCAGGCCCCCUGGCCAUCACGCUGAAGAAUCCACUGCCAUGGGGUUCUGCUUCUUUAAUUCUGUGGCAAUUACUGCCAAGUACUUGAAACACAAGCUAAAUAUAGGCAAGAUAUUAAUCGUGGAUUGGGAUGUUCACCAUGGUAAUGGUACACAGCAAGCCUUUUAUAAUGACCCCAACGUGCUUUAUAUUUCCCUCCACCGUUAUGAUGAAGGAAACUUCUUUCCUGGUAGUGGAGCCCCAGACGAGGUUGGAUGCGGCCCUGGUGAAGGCUUCACUGUGAAUAUCGCCUGGACAGGUGGUCUCGAUCCCCCAAUGGGAGACGUGGAAUACCUUACAGCUUUCAGGACUGUGGUCAUGCCAAUCGCCAGUGAGUUCAAUCCAGAUGUGGUUUUGGUAUCAGCUGGUUUUGAUGCAGUCGAAGGUCAUGCCUCUCCAUUGGGUGGAUACAAAGUCAAAGCCAAAUGUUUUCAGUACCUGACUAAGGAACUAAUGAGCUUGGCAAAGGGGCGUGUGAUUUUAGCUCUUGAAGGUGGGCACAAUCUUACUGCCAUCUGUGAUGCAUCAGAGGCCUGCUUUUAUGCCCUGCUAGGAAAUGAGCUGGAGCCUCUUCCCCAAGAAGUUCAGCUUCAGAAGCCAAACGCCAAUGCUGUAGCUUCUCUGGAAAAAACAAUUGAAAUUCAAAAGAAAUAUUGGAUAUCAGUGCGACAGUAUGCCUCAGAAGUUGAUUGGUCUCUCAAAGAUGCCCAAAACCUGGAAAGAAAAGAGACAGAAACAGUUACAGCCAUGGCAUCACUUUCAGUGGACACCAAACAGAGACAUUCCCAGAAAAGGAGCAGAACUCCUGAUGAACCAAUGGAAGAAGAGCCAGCUUUGUGAAGUGCCAAGUUCAUCCAGCUAUUUCCUUAACAUGACAUCAUUGUCGGUCCCUUAAGACUCUCCCAGACAUGUCGUGUCUGCUGUUUGGGUAGUAUAAAUCAGCUGGAUCUUUCAGAGUGUUCAGCCAGCAAAGUGUGACAAUUUCUCUUGAUCUUGGAAUACUUAAAAAGACACAUCUAUAAAGUUAUUUUUUCAAAUAAAGAAGUGUCUUACAGGUCAGAAAUAUUUUCACAAAUUUCUUUCUUUUGAUUCUACUGCUGGCUGUUUUCUUUGGAGGCCAAGUACUCAUAGAUUUCCAGUGAUGUACUGAAAUCGUUCUGUUUAUUCUUGAAGGAUGGAUGUUCUAAAAGCCAUGAAACAUACUGAAUUAAGGUUAGGCUAAUAAUGUUGUACCUUUGGAAAAAACAGGAAAAGCAUCUAAACACUUUCAUAAAAAUGCCUUACAUACACUGAUAUAAAAGAAAAGGUUUUAUUUUGUAUGCCUUGAGAAGCAAAAAAAACUACAUUUAGAAUGUCAAGA